UUUUGAUGGAUACUUAUCUUUGCAAGAUCUUACAAGAUCACGUAUAGCGUAUGGUAGAGUAUAGGCGCGGCUUUUUAGUUGAUACUAUAUAUGUAUAUAACACUAUGUUAUCGUCUUACUUUAGACAAUAAAAUCAGUGACAAGAGGUCAGCUCAAUCUGAGCCUAUAUUAAAAGGAACCAUUCUAACUGAAGAAGAGUUAGCGAGACAUAAUAGCUUAUAUGAAGAAUCCUUUUUCACCAAUGAAGAAGAUAACGAGGAAGGGAAGAUGUUGUUACAAAGGGUAGAAGAACGAUGUGAAUUAAUAAAACAAGAAUUUGAAACCAGAAUGAAAAACUUGGAAGAGCAGAUUACAAAGACAGAGCAAGGAUUUAGUCAAUCAAGAUGCGAUAUUGAAGAACUUCAAUCCUUGGAAAGAGAAUAUAUUAAUAAAGGAAUACAAACAGACUUGAAAUGUGAUGAUGUACAAAAGUUAGAAGUAAGAUGUGAUUUAUUAAACUGUGAUAUAGGCACUAAUGCAGUAUAAAGGAAGCUGUAGAUAGAACAAAAGAAUUAGAAGGCGAGUAUGAAGCCAUGCAGCAGUUUGUAGAUCAAACAAAGAAAAUUGUUUGGGACACUCCUUAUAUACCUAUUAGUUCUAUAUGUAGACAGAUACCCACAAGUAUAAAUGA